GGAGCAUGGAGCUGACGAAGACAGCAAAAAUAUAAGGUUGACAGUUGACACCGCUGACAGCUUGAUGUAUCCUUUAUUACACAAAUAUAUACGCGCUUUCUCUUUCCUCUCUCGUCCAAUUAUAGGGAGCUACCAAACCAAAAUUUCUUCCGAAAAAACUAAAAUUUCAAAAGAAAAAAGAAAAAAAGGAGCAGCCAUUAAUUUAGUGAAGGAAUUGCCAGAAUAAUUUAUUGCCGAUCAAUUAUUUCUGAUUGAUCGGUGUAUCAUUUGAAAAACCCAGCUCAAUUUCUGGAAUUCUUUUGAAAAAAAUGUCGAUUGAUCGGUAUCUGGGUUUCAUAGUUUUCUUGCUCCUUCUCAAUUUUGCAUCUUCCAGUUUCAUUUCUGAAGCCAUUUUUGAAUCUCACAGAUCUACCGGCCGUUCUUUGCUUCAGACCCAAAAAAAUUGCCCGAUAAAUUUUGAAAAUCAAAACUACACCAUCAUAACAAGCCAAUGCAAAGGACCAAAGUAUUCAGCGGAUACCUGUUGUAAGGCUUUCAAGGAAUUUGCUUGCCCUUUCGCAGAUGAACUCAAUGACAUGUCCAAUAACUGUGCAAGCACCAUGUUUAGCUACAUAAAUCUUUAUGGUAAAUACCCACCAGGCAUUUUUGCUAAUGAGUGCAAAGAGGGUAAACACGGCCUUGAAUGCGAUGACAGCCAAGCACAUGCAGUCUCAAAAAAUUCCAAAAGCAGCGGUCACAGAGCAAAUGAUAUGACAGCCAUGGUGGUGAUACUGGCUACUUCAUUCUUUUCCUUGUUCUGCUUGCUCUGAAGGUCAAGAUGCUGGCUCCACUGUUCGUCUUAUAUUUUGUUCAUUCUUUCUGAUAACCUUCCUGAGAACACACGUCCUCUUUUAUGGUUCAAGCGCUUGGAUUUGUUGGUUUCUCUGCCAAUUUGUGCUAGAGAAGUUUUAUUUGAUUGAGACAGCUGCUUGGACAAAUAUAUGGCUUAGAUGUACAAUUUUCUGUAUACUGCAAAUUGUUUGGUUCGUUCUAACUGAAUCAUCAUAUUGUAUAAGACUGCAUUACGGAAUUUACUGGAAUGAGCUGUGUAAGUGCUGUCCUUUUUCUUGUCAA